CUCUCUUUGUUUACGCCAUUAAAAUCGCUAGAGAUCUUUAUAUUGCAGCCAAAGCUUUUGUUCAAGUGAGCACUUUGCAUAAACUAUAGGCUAGCACGUUCUGAGUAGCAUCACUGGGGCUCUACCGUUUUUUAUUAAUACCACUUCGAUCAUCACUGAAAAGAAUCUUAAGAAAUGAUUUCCAUCAAAUCACUUCCCUUCUACCUAACGCUUAUAAACCAUGUUUUGGACUAUGGCAAUUGUGUGAUUAUCACGACACCACUUGGAAAGAUAAACGGUACUACUACAACGUCUAGAUUGGGAAGAACUAUAUAUUCGUUUAGGGGAAUCAGAUAUGCAGAGCCACCCAUUGGGGAACUGAGAUUUCAGCCACCAAAGCCCAAAAGUCCAUGGAAAGAUGUUUAUGAUGCAACAGAGGAUGGUCCCGUAUGUCCACAGCCCACCGAGUCUCCGCAAUCAGAAGACUGUUUGAUAUUGAAUGUUUACACUACAAAACUACCUGAAGCCAAUCGUAAUCCAAAAAGGCCUGUAAUUGUGUAUAUCCAUGCUGGUGGUUUCUAUAGUGUAGGCUCAAGCAGCGUAUGGACUGGACCUAAUUAUUACCUUGAUCAGGAUAUUGUGCUCGUUACAGUAAACUACAGACUAGCAACAUUAGGUUUUCUAAGCACUGGGACAAAAGAAGCUCCAGGAAAUAACGGAAUGAAGGAUCAGGUUGAGGCUCUGAAAUGGAUCAAAAAAAACAUCGCUAGUUUUGGUGGAGAUCCAGAUUCAGUCACUAUCCAAGGAUACAGCGCUGGUGGAUUUUCCGCUAUUUUACACAUGAUUUCACCAAUGUCACAAGGACUAUUCCAUAAAGCGGUGGCGAUGAGCGGCAGUCCACUUGGACCCUUCCCAACUGGGCGGAAUCAACUGCAACUUGCCAAAAAACAGUCGGGCAUUGUUGGUUGUCCAAACGUAACCAUUUCUGAAAUGAUAACAUGUCUAAAGUCGGUGCCAUAUCAGAAGCUUGGAAACUCUUUACCGCAGUUUUUCGAAUUUGGAAACAAUCCAAUUUUGAUUUGGUAUCCUGUCAUUGAGGAUGAUUUUGGACAGGAGCGGUUCUUAACGGAGCAUCCCAUGAGGUCUAUAAUGGCUGGCAAGUUUCAGAAGCUGCCUUUAAUAACAGGAAUAACAGAGUUUGAAUUUGGAUACAGGGCAUAUGAUGUAUUGCGGAACUCUACUCUGCUCAACGAGUUAAACAGUAACUUCGAAGAAACAGCUCCAACAGCGUUCACACUAGGUGGAGUUACGGAACAUAACAAUGUGAUCAGUCGAGCUUUGAAGAAAUUCUAUUUCAACAACGAGGCAAUUUCACAGUCUAAGCUUGAAAAUUUGUCCAAUUUAUUUGCAGACUCUGUCAUUGGGUUCGGAGUAAAUAGAGCUGCAAAGUUGGUAUCUCAGAAGAGUGACAAGCCUGUUUAUUAUUAUAAGUUCAACUUCAAGGGACGGUACAGUCAUUUCCACUUGCCCAAUAGUAACGAGACAAUAGGGGCUGUUCACCACGAUGAUUUACUAUACCUUUUUUAUGCUGGUAUAUAUCCGGAAGUAGAGAUGGUGUCAACGUUAACUACUAUUUAUGCAAAUUUUGCUAAAAGUGGAAACCCAAUACCAGCUGAUAAUCCCAACUUCAAAGGUGUUCACUGGGAGCCAUACACCGUUAGGAAAAAUAAUUACUUGGACAUAGGCCACAACCUAACAGAGAAAACGAAUUUAUACGAGAAUCGAUAUAGGGAAUGGGAAAAACUGUACCCGUUGGAUCAAUAGACCAGCUGAAAGUGUUUCUUUUUUAUGCUUUUCAUUAUACUGUCUUUCAAAUAAAUAAGGAAAAUUGAUGAAAGAGUAUUCUAUUGAUAAAUCUAGAGACUCAUCGUAGGUAUCUCCGGUUAACGUAAGAUAUGUAUGUUACCGGUAAUCUGUAUAAUCCGGUAUUCUAUACAAUACCUAGGUAAUGUAUAGAAGACCUGAAACGUGUAAGUAAUGUAUGAAAUAUUAUUUGAUUAAUACUUUGCCUAUGUAUUCUAUACUUAGAGCCAGAAUAAUAUUUCACAUUACUUCUACUGUAAUUUUACUGUAGUAACAGAAAGGCGCUUUUCUUAUACCCUUUUCAUAAAGCUACUUUUAAGGAGCCCUCUAAUUGUUAGUUUUAAUAAAGUUGAUUUUAAAUAAUACAACUUGUUUAAUUUGCCCGUCAUUUUAUAGGUAACAUUGAUUAUUUUUCACAUUGCCGGUGAAACAGCAGGUACCCUAUACAAUUUCUAGCCAUUGUAUUCGUUACCUAGGUAAAGUAUGUAAUGGAUAAUAAUAUUCAUAAUAUUUCAUACUUUGCCUGGGCAUGCCAGGUAUUCUAUAUAUUACCUAGGUUUUGUAUAGAAUACCUGAAUUGUACAGAUUAUCGGUAACAUAUAUGUAUAGGAUGCAAGCUGCAUAAUGCUCUGAACGUAUUACGCACCGAAUAACGUAAUUAUUUGCAGAAAAUAGAACAAACGAAACAUGAAUAAAGU